AUGUUUGGUUUGGCGCCUAUGGCGCCACACCGCGCCUAACCUGCGGCGGCCGAUUCGGCCGCCACACCUGCGGCGCGGGAUGUGUGGCGCGGUGUGGCGCCGUAGGCCACGAACCAAACACGCCCUUAGUGCCUCAAAGCCACUUCUCGGCCGCCGCUGUGGUCUAGUAGUACGGAGUAGUAGUCUUCCCACCUUCACAUGGUCCGCGUCCCCUUCACGGCAAUCCCGGCCAAUCUUGCCCACCAGAUCGCAGUUCUUUAGCAGAUUCCAGGGCUCCCCCCGGCCGUUUUCUUCGGUUCGGUUACGCCUCGCUGACGCUCUCUGCUUCCCUCCCUUGGCCUGCCAUAACUCGCUGUUGCCGUUCUCCACCAGCCAUUAAUGGCGAGGGGGAGUUACGCCUCUCUCUGUCUGGUCCGGUAGGCGCUCCGGCCCUUUUCCUCGGCCGGUUGUUUCGUAGCUUGCAUGCGUAGGCGCAGGCAGCCGGGCAUGGAAGGAAACUGUAGCGCCACGCGUUGCCGAGACGAGUGUUGUGAGGAGUAAAGGCGGCAGCUUUUCCCUUGACGCCUCUCGCCUUAUUGCCUGCCCCUCCUUCCGCUCUCGUAGAAGUCAAGUCAGGCCGGCCUCCUCUCGUCUCGUUUCCUCUCCGUCCUCGUCUUCCCUGGCCGGCCAUCGCGCUUCUGGCUGGGGAUUCCCCCGUUUGCCCCUCAAUCUCCUUGCUGGUUUUGGGGUGCUGUUAGCGCAGAAAAGCUGAGCGCUUCGUCUCUUCCGCUUUGUUCUAGUAAGUGGCCGGCUUCUGCCUCGGCUUGAUGCUCCUGUUGGUCUUGGUCGUUCCCGUUGAGAGCGGCUUCGUUUAGGUCCUGGGUCCUCUUUCACCUAAUCUUGUUUCUAGUUUUGGUUGGUCAGUCAUCGGCUAGCUCUUGUUGGUUGGCCCAGUUCUUCUUGGACUCGGAGUAUAUAACUCCCGGCCGUCCGUCUUCUUCAUCUGUUCUUGUGUACUCUGCACAUAGGCCCGUCAGUCUUCCUGCUCCUUCCAAGACGAGCUCUGCUCGGAUCAAGAAGAGGAGAACUCAUCUCGUCUGUGCUGGGAGGUUGGGAGGCAGCGCUUUGCUUCGGGCGAGCCUUGGAUGCUGCCUGUCGAUCUCGGAACUUGAGGUGACUAGGUGACAGACUUGUUGGACUGCAAUUUUCUCCAUAUCUUUUAGUUCUUGAACCGAGAUGGAACUCGGAUACAUGGAUAGGAGAAAUGGAUUACAUGAGGAUGCAAUUCCAGAGUUCAGUGGAAGGACAGAAGAAAAUCAAGACCCAACUGUUGCUGCAUCUGAUGUUCAGUCUGAUUUGGGUCAGAUAAACAGGAAGAAACCAUUGCUGUCAGAUGAGAAGAAAAGCAAGAGCUGCCAGUCAUGCCACAAAUCACCUUGUUCGUGCAGUGGUGACACAAAUCACUCAGAUUUGUUCCCUGCACUUCCUGCCAAGAUAAUGAUCUUGGAGUUUCUCAUCAGAAGCCUGAGGCACCCAACAAGAACCCACAAUGUCAACGAUCUUGACGACUUGAUCACUGAUGGGGUCAGCCAAGGGAGUGUAAAUCUCGGUCCUUCCGAAAAAAAGGUGCUGGACUCUUUGCAUGCUCUUAUAAGUGCAAAGACAGGACCGAAAAACUCAUCGCCUUUCCUGGCAGGAUCUAAGAUGAGAAAAACUCGGUCCAAAUCACACAUCAUUACACAGUCGGAAAUACUGAAGCUUAUAUCUCCCGAGACAUGGGAAACCUCCUCCCCUGGAACAUCUCCAAUGAAGAAAGGCACAGCUGAGGUCCACAUCCAUGAGAAGACGUCACCCUCAUGCUCGCAUAUGACAUCUAUGGGCUCGAAUCAGCCUGUCUUAUCACACUGCCCAUCAUCUCUUAAUGCAGGUCUUCUGCAAUGCAUAUGGAAGGAUGGGCUGCCUCAUUUUGAAUUGUCACUGGACGAUCCCAUUGCAGUAUACACUGCGAACCCAGUCAAGGUGCAGGACAAUGAAAGGGCUCUCGACUAUGUCUACAUGAUCCAUUCUGGAGAGCAAGGAAGAAAAGAUUGGAUGGGUCAUUCAAGCAAUGUGUCCAGACUUGUGGGCAAGAUGAAGGUGUCAAGUUCUUUAGUGCUAAACUCAGACAAGUCAAGUCUUUUGGAAACUGAGUUUGUGCUGUAUGGUUCUCCGGAUGACUAUCUGAGGCAAAUGCAUAGUUCGUGUAGUGUUCCAAAAGGAAAGGGACUAGUCAAGAGAGUGACAGAAAUUAUGAGAACAGGAAAUGUUUCCUCUAGCCCAAAACAUCCCUGGAGGUUUGGCAAAUCCUGCUCUCAUCAGUUUGAUGACUUAACUGAAAUACUCGAAGGUGAAAUGAUCAGUGCUAGAGAAUCAGGCCUGACAAACCUCGAUGCUGAUGAUCUGCCAACCAACCAAGAGAUAGCAGCAGUUGUGGUGAGGGAACAACGGAAAAAACGCCAGAAAGAGCCUGUUGUGGGUGGCUGGGGCUUGAAGUUCCUUGAGAAAGCAGGAUUAAAUCAUUCAGAAGGCACUGAAGAUCCUGAUGUUCAGAACAGAAAUGGUGCUGCAAAAUGUAUAACCACAAUUGUUCCCAGAGGUUACCAUGGUGGCGCUGUUUUGAAGAGCAGCGGCUCGUCAGGUCUCAUCGAGAGAUGGAGAUCCGGAGGAUGCUGUAAUUGUGGUGGAUGGGAUCUUGGCUGCCCCAUAAGAGUGCUGAACAAUGAUGGAUGUGCCUCCUUGCCUGAAAAUGAGUCACAGGACAGCAGAUCAGUAGAGCUGUCACUCAAGGGUGCGAAGGAGACAAUGUUAAGGCUUGUCAACAUCACGGAGGACCUGUACAUCCUCUAUUUCGAGUCGAGUCUGUCACCAUUGCAAUGCUUCUCAACAGGGAUAGCAAUUGUGCACAGCCAGGCACCACAGCUUUGCCCAAAACUGUGAAUUGCAAAAGCUUUAUAUAGCGCUAUGUACAUGUAGAUAGACUAGUAGAGACAGCGAUAUAUAGAAGAGAUUUGUUGACUCAAUCCAUGCCAACAUUGAUGUCUAAAAACUAUGCCGUGUGUAUUCCUAUUCUACAUAUAACAGAAGAAGGACUUGCACA